GCGGACGUGCCGGUGCCGAGAAUGCCGACCUUCGACCAUGUGCCGCAGCCUUACGACGGCCCGACCGCCGACGAGAUCGCCCGGAAGCGCGCCGAGUUCCUCAGCCCGUCCCUGUUCCAUUUCUAUUCCAAGCCCCUGAACAUCGUGGAAGGAAAGAGGCAGUACCUGUAUGACGAGCACGGCCGGCGCUACCUGGACGCGUUCGCCGGCAUCGCCACCGUGUGCUGCGGCCACAGCCACCCGGACAUCGUGGACGCGAUGAUCGCGCAGGCCAGGCGCCUGCAGCACCCCACCGUGCUCUACCUCAACCACGUCAUCACCGACUUCGCCGAGGCGCUGGCCUCUAAGAUGCCCGGCGAUCUCAAUGUUAUCUUCUUCACCAACUCCGGCACGGAGGCCAACGAGCUCGCCAUUAUGAUGGCGCGGCUGUACACCGGCUCCCACGACAUCAUAUCUCUCCGGAAUUCCUACCACGGCAACGCCGCCGCCACCAUGGGCGCCACCGCGCAGAAGAACUGGAAGUUCAACGUUAUUCAGAGUGGCGUGCACCAUGCCGUGAACCCGGACCCAUACAGGGGCGUCUUCGGCUCGGACGCCGAGAAGUACGCGCGAGAUGUGAAGGAGAUCAUCGAGUUCGGCACCACAGGCAACGUCGCCGGCUUCAUAUCUGAAUCUAUCCAGGGUGUUGGUGGGAUUGUGGAGGUGUCUCCUGGUUACAUGCCCCUAGCGUACGACCUCGUCAGGAAGGCCGGUGGUCUCUGCAUCGCCGACGAGGUCCAGGCGGGCUUCGCGCGCGUCGGCAGCCACUUCUGGGGGUUUGAGACCCAUGGCGUGAUCCCUGACAUUGUGACCAUGGCAAAGGGUAUCGGAAAUGGCAUCCCUCUGGGCGCCGUGGUGACGACACCGGAGAUCGCGCAGGUCAUGACCCGGCGAAACACGUUCGGUGGCAACCCAUUCUGCACCGAUGGCGGGCUCGCUGUCCUCAAGGUCCUUGAGAAGGAGAGGCUCCAGGAAAACGCCUUCGUCGUCGGCUCCUAUCUCAAAGACAGCCUCUGCGACCUCCAGAAGAAGCAUGAAAUCAUUGGUGACGUGAGGGGGACAGGUUUCAUGCUCGGCGUCGAGCUUGUGACUGACCGGCAGCUCAAGACCCCGGCAAAAGAUGAGGUUUGCCGUGCCAUGGAACACAUGAAAGACAUGGGCGUUCUGGUGGGAAAGGGGGGCUUUUACGGGAACGUGUUCAGGAUCACUCCCCCUCUGUGCUUCACCAAGGAAGACUCGGAUUUCUUCGUUGAUGUGAUGGAUGUUGCGCUGUCAAAACUCUGAACCAGUAGUUGCAACUUGCAAUGGGAUGGUACAAGCGGGGGUUGCUAACUUCCUUCCACUCGCAGAUUAAAGAGUAUGUUCUGCAUUUUUUUAAUUUUUUUGAGGAAAUAUGUUCUGCAUUUUUGAACCGAGGGAAAUGAAGAAUCUUGUAUGAGAGAUAUACCAUUUUUGAAACAUUUAGGGAUCUCGUACCGGUCGAAAUAAGGCAACCUUGAUAGUUUUUGCUAGUUUCUGCAUUGCUUUGCUAGUGGUGCU